GUGGUACGGUUGUGUCAGAACCCAAAGCUGGCGCUAAAAAACAGCCCACCUUAUAUCUUAGACCUGCUACCUGAUUCCUACCAGCAUCUCCGGACUGUCUUGUCAAGAUAUGAGGGGAAGAUGGAGACACUUGGAGAAAAUGAGUAUUUUAGGGUGUUCAUGGAGAAUUUGAUGAAGAAAACUAAGCAGACCAUAAGCCUCUUCAAAGAGGGGAAAGAAAGAAUGUAUGAAGAGAAUUCUCAGCCUAGGCGAAACUUAACCAAACUGUCCCUGAUCUUUAGCCACAUGCUGGCAGAACUAAAAGGAAUCUUUCCAAGUGGACUCUUCCAAGGAGACACAUUUCGGAUUACUAAAGCAGAUGCUGCCGAAUUUUGGAGGAAAGCUUUUGGGGAAAAGACAAUAGUCCCUUGGAAGAGCUUCCGACAGGCUCUGCACGAAGUGCAUCCCAUCAGUUCUGGGCUGGAGGCCAUGGCUCUGAAAUCCACUAUUGACCUGACCUGCAAUGAUUACAUUUCAGUGUUUGAAUUCGACAUUUUCACACGACUCUUUCAGCCCUGGUCUUCUUUACUCAGGAACUGGAACAGUCUUGCUGUAACUCAUCCUGGUUACAUGGCUUUCCUGACAUAUGAUGAAGUGAAAGCGCGGCUCCAGAAAUUCAUUCACAAACCUGGCAGUUACAUUUUCCGGCUGAGUUGUACUCGUCUGGGUCAGUGGGCUAUUGGGUACGUCACUGCUGAUGGGAACAUUCUGCAGACAAUCCCUCACAACAAACCUCUCUUCCAAGCACUGAUUGAUGGCUUCAGGGAAGGCUUUUAUUUGUUUCCUGAUGGACGGAAUCAGAAUCCCGACCUGACAGGCUUAUGUGAACCAACUCCUCAAGACCACAUCAAAGUGACCCAGGAACAAUAUGAAUUAUACUGUGAGAUGGGCUCCACAUUCCAGCUGUGUAAAAUAUGUGCUGAAAACGACAAGGAUGUAAAGAUUGAGCCCUGUGGGCACCUCAUGUGCACAUCCUGUCUUACCUCCUGGCAGGAAUCAGAAGGCCAGGGCUGUCCUUUCUGCCGAUGUGAAAUUAAAGGUACUGAGCCCAUUGUGGUAGAUCCAUUUGAUCCUAGAGGGAGCGGCAGCCUUUUGAGGCAAGGAGCAGAGGGAGCUCCCUCCCCAAAUUAUGAUGAUGAUGAUGAUGAGCGAGCUGAUGAUUCUCUCUUCAUGAUGAAGGAAUUGGCUGGUGCUAAGGUGGAACGGCCUCCCUCUCCGUUCUCAAUGGCGCCACAAGCUUCCCUUCCCCCAGUACCACCACGACUUGACCUUCUGCAGCAGCGAGUACCUAUUCCUUCAAGUGCUUCUGGUCUUGGAACGGCUUCCAAGGCUGCUUCUGGCUCCCUUCAUAAGGACAAACCAUUGCCAAUACCUCCCACGCUCCGAGAUCUUCCGCCACCCCCCCCUCCGGAUCGACCAUAUUCUGUUGGAGCAGAAACCCGGCCCCAGAGACGCCCCUUGCCUUGUACACCAGGCGACUGUCCAUCCAGGGACAAAUUGCCCCCUGUCCCCUCUAGCCGCCUUGGGGAAUCAUGGCUGCCUCGGCCAAUUCCCAAAGUACCAGCAGUUGCCCCAAACCCUAGUGACCCCUGGACAGGGAGAGAAUUAACCAACCGGCACUCACUUCCAUUUUCAUUGCCCUCACAAGUGGAACCCAGAACAGAUGUGCCUAGGCUUGGGAGCGCAUACAGUGUGGAUACCUCUACGAAUAUGAAUAACAGCCCGUUGGCAGGUCCAGAGUGUGAGCACCCCAAAAUCAAACCUUCCGCAUCUGCGAGUGCCAUUUAUUCUCUGGCCGCCAGGCCUCUUCCCAUGCCAAAGCUGCCGCCUGGGGAGCGGUGUGAAGGUGAGGAGGACUCCGAGUACAUGACUCCCUCCUCCAGGCCUCUAGGACUUCAAAAGCCAGAUGUGAGGCGGCCUCUGGAGACAGCGCACAGUCCCCGAGCAUGUGACUGUGACCAGCAGAUUGACAGCUGUACGUACGAAGCCAUGUGUAAUAUUCAGUCCCAGGCGGUGCCAGUGGUCACGGAAGGCAGCACCUCUGGUGAAGGGAACCCGGCCGCGGCCCACGCCAGCACAGGCCCUGAGGGGUCCGAGGAGGAGGAGGACGGCGGCUAUGAUGUCCCCAAGCCCCCUGUGCCAGCCGUGCUGGCCCGCCGGACCCUCUCAGACAUCUCUAACGCCAGCUCCUCCUUCGGAUGGUUGUCUCUGGAAAGUGACCCUACAUCAGACUUCACUGAGGGUUCCCAAGUUCCUGAGAGGCCUCCCAAACCAUUCCCUCGGAGAAUCAACUCUGAACGAAAAGCGGGGAGCUGCCAGCAAGGUGCUGCUGCCUCACCACAGCUCUCCAGUGAGAUCGAGAGCCUCCUGAGUCAGGGGUACUCCUAUCAGGACAUCCAGAAAGCUUUGGUCAUUGCCCACAACAACAUUGAAAUGGCCAAAAAUAUCCUCCGGGAAUUUGUUUCUAUUUCCUCUCCUGCCCAUGUAGCCACCUAGCACAGUGCCUCCUCCACAGCGUGAGGACCGGAGCGCCAGGAGCGCCCACGCGGGUAGCACGUGGAGGAGCAGAGGCUCCGUUGGGGGC